CGGCUUGUCAGCUGCACGAGACGCGCGGCCGUAUCGUUUCGGUGAAGAACCUGUCACUGACAUGUUCUGUUCAAAACGAUUAUCAACCCCGGUAAAAGAACCGGAGACUGCACUGUUAAACACCGGUAUCAGCGCCGCAGCUGCUGCGUGAGAGCCUCCCCCCCCCCCGCCUGGGCACCUUUUAGAAACUCUUGACAGUGAAUGGUUGGCCAAGGCUGACAGAAAUGAGCUGGGCUGAGGAGGACUGGACGGUGGGGCUGUCAGGGCGAGUUCUGCAAAAGGUGAAGGAGCUGCAGGUCCAUCAGGAGCGACUAUCGAGAGAUUACAAGCAGAAACAGCUGCAGCUGGACAAUGUUAACACUAGUCUCGAAAAACAGACUGUGAAGUACGAGGAGGUGCGUGGGGAGCUCCAGUCUGUGCACAGAGAGCUCCAGAGUGUUCGAGAUGAGGCCAAAGCAGAAGUGAUCAUUAAGGAGCGUCUGACCCAGGAGCUUCAGACCAAGCAGGCCAAAUAUGCUCUUUUGAGGGCCAGAUAGAUGCUUCUCGAACCCUCAACAACAAACUCACCCAGGAAGUCAAAAGGCUGGAGGCAGAGCUGGAGAAGCUGCAGAACAGCAGCAGGUCAGCAGAUACCACUCUGUUCUCUACACCCUGCUGGAACACAACCUCACCCUGGGAACAAAAUGGUAGCAGAAAGGAGGAGAAGUCAGGGCUUCGAGAUGAAGGACAGAGCUGGGCGCCUAACAUCCGACAAAGACUCCAGUUCUCAGAAGCGGCCACAGUCCCAUUAUCACGACAGCAACACACGAACACACCCCACCGCCACUCGGCCGACCAAUCAGAAACCUUCUCAACUCCCAUGGCUGUGUUUCCGUGGGAACGGAAUGACUCAGGGCCAGUAGCCAAGAGACGAUCCCCAUCCUCUCCCCAGACACCCUAUGUUGAUGUUGUUAGUCAGGGCCAGUCGGAGCAGAGGGCUUGUGGGAAGGAGAGGGAUCACAGAGCAGAGACAGACAUAUCUUUGUCAGAAAUGCGGAGUCAUGUGUCCGCUCUGGAGCAGGAGCUGUCUGUGAAGGCCGGCACUUUGAAGUCAAUUCAGAAUGAAAUGAUGCAGAGCAAGAAGGAGCUCAGUGCCAAGGAGCUGAGCAUUCAGAAAGCCCGCGAUGAGCUCAGCAUGGCUCACACACGCAUUGCCCAGGAGAGUGAACGUGCGUCGAAUGCUGAGCAAAGGCUGAAGCAGCUACAAGAGGAGUUGAAGUGUCAAAGACAAAAUGCAGAGAGCAGCCGACUACAACAACAACAACGCUCUAAGGAGCUGGAGAAACAACAUCAGAGGGAUUUGACGGAGCUACAGAAGGAGAGGCUGUGUUUGGAGAAGCAGCACCAGCAGGAGGUGAAUAAGCUCAGCCAGGAGCUCCAGCAGGCCAGGACACUCCACAAUACUCUGCAGGCCCAGGCCGACAAGCUGUCUCUACAGAAGCAAGCGUUGGACAAAGACCUGGACGCUUUGAAAGGAAAACUGAAGUGGACAGAGGGACAGCUGCAGGAGAGCCAAAAGAGAGAGGCUCAGACACAAGCCAAAUUGAUGGAAGCGCUACACGAGGCAGAGGGUGUGGCAGUGAGUCUGGAGCAGAGCAAGAAAAGAGAGCGAGCUCUGGAGGAGAAGGGGAGGAGACUAGCAGAGGAGCAAGCCGACACCCUUCUUCUUCUUAAAGAGCUGCAAGAGAAUAAAUCUGCCCCAGAACCCGUUCUACAACCUGUCCAGUUAUGUCCUGUUGGACAGAGUUUCUCCUCUUCUUACUCUUUUCCUUCUCAACCGUCAACUCAAAUCAAGGGGCACAGCACUGCAAACCUAGCCGAGUGGAAGAGGAAAGAAGACAUGGAUAAGAGAAGGGCAGAGAUUACAGCAUCCUACCCCUCUGACAGAGAGCCAGGAGAAGGCAUUGACUCAGAACACAUCUCCCAAGACUCUGACUGUUUACAAAGGGGGGGAAAUAACAGAACUGGGGAGGAGAGCAAGAGUAGAAAUGAGUACACUACUGCUGUUUUGCCCAUCAACAAUACCAAUAUAUCUAUGGAAAUUAAUGACGGCAGUUCGAUGCUUACAAAGUCUGAGCAAGAAAAGACUUCCGUAGACCUCAAAAAGGAGAAUGCAGCUCUGCGCUCAGAGCUGAAUGAUGCACGCGAAGAACUACAAAAACGCCUUGAGGACCUUGAAAACCAACGACGUGCUGAGGCAGAAGCUAGGACUCGGCUCAAACAGCUAAGCCGCAAACAUACCAGCCAGGCAGUGGAGAAGGAGGAGCAGGACAAGGGGUGGAGGGCACAGCUGGAGAGUGAGAGGGCUGAGACCGAGAGGUUGAGGAAGGCAAUGGCUACUUUGGAGACGGAGAUGAAUAGAAGAAAUAAGCUCAGGGAAAAAAUGGAGAGAGUGGAGCAAGAAGAGAAGAAAAACGAAGAGCUAAAAGACAGGGAGAGUGAAAUGAUAGAGCUUAAUUUCCAGUUAAAGAAACAACUAGCAGAGGUGAAAGCCCAGCUGGCUUUAGAGCAAGAAGAGAGAAUGAGAGAGGAGGAGGAGAGAAACCAAACAACAAACAGAGACAAAGAUGUAAAUAAGGAGCUGAAGCAGAAACUGGGAGAGCUAAAAGCUGAAUUAGAAGAAAUGAAAUGCAUCAGAAAUGAAGACUUGAUGGAGAAGGAGAAACUUUCAGUUGCCAACAGCCCUCUGACGUAUCUUGCAUUACAUAAUGAUGAGCUCAACUCCAACUUGAUUGGCUGUGACAACAAGCUCCUCCCUUCACCCGUGCAGCACCUCCUCUUCUGCCAGUCCACAAACCAACACAACAUGCUAGUAUCUCAGGCCACAGCAGAGCUCAUCCAGGAGGAGCCAUCCGUGAUAAAUCCUCAAAAUUCAGAUGAAGGCCAAACAUGUUGUAUCGGCCUGGGGAACACCAGGGAAAGCACGCAGCAGGAUGAGCAUGCCCCCUCAGACUUGGAAAAAGAAGUGGAGCGGCUGCAGAAGGAGAAAUCAAAGGAGACAGAGCGUUCAAACCAAUACCAGGUUAAACUGGAGGCCCUGCAGAGCCAGGUGACACGUCAGACCCAGCAGCUGACCAUGGCCUUUGAGAAGCAGAGUCAGCACAUCUCUGGCCUUUUAGCUGAACUGCAGGAGAAGGAGAGUGUCCUCCACAGCCAGGGAGAGGAACUGCAGCGCCACAAGCAAGAGCUAAUUGCACUAAAGGCCAAAAUAAAGGGAGAGGAGCAGGACAGAAGAAAUGAGUUGACUGUCAAAGAGGAUGGGAAACAAUUGCAAGAGACUCACCAUGAGGGCUCAGAGGAGACAUCCAGACUUGAGUCAAACCGGGAAAAGGAGUUUGCUGAAAGACCAUCAACUUUAAGUAAAAAUAAAGAAUUCUGUUCAGGUUAUCAUCUUUCAGACACAGAGAAAACUUGGAGUAACCAACACUCUGCCAGUGUGAUAGGAGAAACUGAGCACAGUCAAGAUGGAGGAACAGUAGACAUGGCUGAAGAACGUUUUGCUCUGAAACAGGAGAAUACACUGCUGAAACAAAGACUAGAGGGCUUCACCACCUCAGCUUUCCAAACUGACAGCAACAAUCAAGAAGGUGCAGCCAGACAAAGCGUAACCACAGGAAAUGCUGCCGUGUCCAGCUUGGUGGAGCAGAAGGCUCCUAGUCUGUUUGUUGACAUCAACGCAAAGGAACAGGGGUCAUUGCUGCAGAAUAUGAAGAGGAGAGAAGAUGAAGGUGGAGAUUCAGAAUGGGAAGCCGGGAAGACUUUGAAAGUUGAAAAAGAUCUGGAGGCAGAGUCAGAGCUUCAGAUCGUCCAACUUCAGCAACAGGUGGUGGAGCUGCACAUGAAGCUACACACGCUCUCUGAGGAGACCCAGCAGCAGGCAGAGGAGCUUACUAUGUGGAGACUGGCCUCCCAACCAGCCCCCACCUUUGAUGAUCCCAACACAGACAACCAGUCAAACCAGCAGCAGCAGACUGAUGGGUUGUCCCAGAACCAGGCAAAGGUUCAGGAGAGCCUCUGUAAUGUGACAGUGAUCAGAGGAGAUGAGUUACACCUCUCUUGCACUUCUAACAAACUGCAGGGCCGCAUGUUGUUUUCCAGACUGCAUCACAGUAACCUGCCUGAACCAAAGAGUGUCCAUCCCUCUAAAAAGACUGCAGCGCUUCAGGAGAACGAUCAGGUCACUGCCAAGAUCAACAAGGAAAGUGAAAAAGAAAACCUGGACGUAAAUGUCUUACAUCAGUCAAAUACCUGUCAAACACAACACAAAGAGAAGAAAGACUUUCAAGUUUUCAAGAUGUCGUCUGAGAAGACAGGUCAACAACAAGUCACCAAAGAUUUCCACAGUGUCUCAGGACCAAAUCAGACCAAAACUUCUGAGUGUUGUUUGAGGAAUCUUGAGGCCAAAUCGGAGAAUUCCGGUGCGAACAAUGAAGAAAACACCACCGAUGAUUCUUCUGAAGGAUGUUUUAGGAAAGACAUGAAGAGUGUCAGCAUUCAAACAGAGGCGAGUUUCUAUCCUCUCAAUGCUCCAAUGACAUCAGACCUCCAAUGUGCAUACACACAGACGGAUGAGAAGGAGGAGGAGGAGGAGGAAGAAGAAGAAGAAUUAGUGGAAUCCCCCCCUGUCUCUCCUGUGACAUUAUCUCAAGGGGUAGAGGUUAGAGACAAGAUUUUCUUUUCAGGUUCCUUCCCCAUACCGGCUGACCCAGCUCGCUUGGCUGAAAGAAUCCGCCGAAACAGGACGCAGCUGUCUGCAGCCUUUGACGACACCGAGUAUGAACCCUAUGGAUUGCCUGAAGUAGUCAUGAAAGGUUUUGCUGACAUCCCUAGUGGUCCAUCAUGUCCCUACAUUGUGAGAAGAGGUUUAUUAGGGACAACUGUCGUACCUGCCCCUCAAAAAGAGCCGGAGCAGGCGGAAGAGACGGAUUAAAUACAGCUACAGAUUGACAGAAAACCUCAGUGAUGGAUGACAGCUGCUGAACAGGGACACUCAAGUCACCAGCAAACUGAAGCGCUUCAGACUUUAAAACACAGGAGCAGUUUUAAAACAGCUGCAGUCACACAUGGACUUCUGUAUGUGUUGUGCACUGGCAGAACAAGCGCCUCCUCUGGGGAUCUAAAAUGUCUUAAUGGUCAGUAGUUUGUCCUCUAAUUGCUGUGUAGAGACCUUUAAUGUCCAUCACAAUGCUGCCACUUUACAGCCACCUGAAUAUUUAGACACAGAGGUAGUGAUUUAGUUAUGUUUCUUGAAGAUAACAACCACUUUUCCAAAGGGAAUAUUUUGUUUUUUUUGUACCUCUGAAUUAACUCGUGUGUCUAGCCUGCAUGGAGGGAAACUGUGCCUAGUUGACUAUUUUCUAAACAAGUGCUUGUCAAGAUAAGCCUGCAAGCCUGCUGAAGCCUGCAAGAGAGGCCUGUUGUGAGAAUGUGAUGUAUUUCUUGUUUGAAUGUUUUUGCUGUGGAUUAUUUAUGGACGAUUGAAUGUGUUACAAUAGACAGCAGGUGUUUACAGAAGUUGUGUGAAAGCAUAGUGAGCGUGUGUGAGACAUGAACGUGUGUCCUCAUCUUGAUGUUGCUUGUUGAUGUGCGUGUGCGUGUCAGAGAGAGAGAGACAGGAGAGAGAGCACAUGUCUAUGACUCAGCCUAACCUGCGCUGGUUUCCGCUCCAUGUAUGGUGAUACGCACUGGACUCCCUCUCUCCUCUUUCUGCUGCUUUGCUUCUCUGUCUUACACUAAUGAGCACUCAGUAGUUAGCUCUGCGAUGAAUUUACCAAAAAGUAAAUAUUUGAAGCUUUAUUUUAUGAGCACAUUCAGUUUGCAUUUUAUAUUUGAUCAGAUAUAAUUUAUUUGUUACUGUGCCAUGGACGGCAGGAGCCCGAAGUAUGUAGAAUGUAGAUUUUGUAGAUAAUUUGGAGCUGAUGUAUUCUUUGGAUUUACUAUUUGCUUGAACUCAAGGUUUGAUCACUAAGUGAAUGGACGUGUUCACAUUUUUCAGUCCGUCUGAAACCAACGCUCACAUUCAUACGUGUACAUAAAAAUGGCCAUUGUUGGGGUUUCCCUCGUCGAUGCUGGCUGAAAAGAGAUCCUCUCCUGCAGAAAUUUGGAUUCAGGAUAGAUUGACAAAAUCAAGAAACCUUCGUCUGUAUAACAAUACUCCAUAGAGUCUUAUAAAAGCUUGAUGAUCUACCAAACACUUGUUUUAGAGGCUAGAUGACAUGCAGGGCUAUUUGAAAAGCUUCACACUUUUUUUAUCAACACUUGUCUCAUAGCUGUCUGCAAACUGCUUACUCUCAGAUUAAGCAGCCAAUAGUAUGACAAAGGAGAAGACUGACAUUGAUAUUGCAGAACUGCUAAUAAGGUUUUUCUUUCAGUUUGAAUUGAGAUUGAAUUUAAACAACAAUGUUUUUUUUUAGGCAUUGACAUUUGUAUAUCAUUUUAAACAGAUGUUAAAUGUGAACUAAUCCUUUAAACCUUACUGAGAAAUCUUUUAGCGUCGUUUGAGAUCACUUCAUCUAAAAGUUUUGGACUUGUUUUUGUUGAAAGUGUGGAGUAAAUUUUUCUUCCUUCUUUAGUUUACACUUUAUUUAGAGAUAUUUUCUCUGGCCUUGACUCGUAAGCGUAGACUGUUUCUUUUCUGACUUGAUGACAUCAUUGAAUCAUUGACGGUCAUUUGCGAUGUCGACAUUCUAACACUUGAAGCAUACAAACAUGUACACACUUUUCCCUACCUUCCAGUUGCCUUUUUAACUCUGGGAUCUGUCGGGUUUUUUUUGGCAGUGACAAGCAAUUGUUGGACUCUGAGCAGGCUGAGCUGUUUGCUUUGUUUUUGACACUUUGAUGUAAUUAUUUUUUCUGUGUUUGAGUCAAGAAUAAAAGGUGUGCUCUUAA